AUGGAAUGUAUCAGUUCACUGUGGGCGAAGAUAGCGAAGUGGUUCAGGGACCAUUUCGAAUCUGCCCUCCCAUUCUUUAAGCAACGCGCGGUCACGAGUGAAGGUGCGGAGCACGAUGCUUCCGCUUUCGAUGCGACCGCUAUUUCCAAAGAAGCCGCUCGUAAGUACGAAGCUAUGGUAGCCGAAGGUGAGGUGAAAACGAUGGACCCUACGGAUGUCAGAUACGGUAAAUUUUUGGCGUUAGUUGGAAAACAUUUCGCCGGCCACGACGAGUUGGCGAAGGUUAAAUCGUUAGUCGAAAAACAUGGCAACGAAAACAAGGCUGCGCUAGAAAUCCUGAAGACGAAAAAAAAUCUUCGUACGGCGCUGUUUCUGUCGUGGGCCCUCAAGAAACAACCUGCUACAGACAUGGCCCAUAGGAUUGUGUUGAAUCUUGACCCGGACGAUCGCUUGCACAUACUUGAACAAGCGCAAGAACUGGAGAAGGAAUACACGAUACAUCUCAUAACUCUGGAGAUUCUCUAUCGCAAAAUUCACCGAGUAUAG